CCCCCCAACAUACCCCUUCACAGUCACUGUCCAUCAGCAUAGUAAGAUGCUGUAAAAUCACUACUUCGAAAUAGACAUCUUUUAUAGUUAACAUUUUCUUAGUUCUGCCUUUGCCUUGGAAAUCAUAAACCUGAUUUUCAUACCACUUUCAAGGUUUGUGUUCCUAGUUGAUAGGUGAAAACUGCCAAGUCGUCGUUUUCUCUUUAAGUUUUACUGGUUCCUGUCAACAUUUUUUUCAUGUUUGAUCACUGUUUUUCUUCGUAUGUGUUGACCUUUUUUGACUUUUGUACUUAGUAUGUAUGAAAAGCCCUGAGACAGAGAACUACUACAGCCAGGCGUCCAGGAAAGUCUUGGUCAUAGAUUAGGGGUUCUGAAUAACUCACCUCCUGUCAUAAUGUGGACCCCUGGCCGGUCCUCCCAGUGACAGUAAGUAUUCUGGUUGAGAGAGCUGACAGUUUACUCUGAUGUCUGCUUUGUGUUCAAUUCUCUAUCCCCAUCACGCCCGCAUUCCGCACUUGCCCAUACUCAAUUUCAAUCUCUAGAAAUCCAGGAAACGGUGAAGUAAACUGAUGGCUGCUGUGAGGCUUCUGCAGGGGCCCGCACUUCGGUGGCCGCUCUUGCCGAGGUGCAUUCUAACUCCGACGUACCUAACGUUUUGGGGUUAUUUAUGUUCCCGCCACUUAAGACCAUUUAUUAUCCCCAUGUAAUUAACAAGCUUGAGGAACAAGGAAAGGGUGCAGGGGCUCCCGCCGCCUCGAAGCCCGCAGCAUCACAGACCCUCCAGAACCCGGGGAAUAUCCGGUUCUGCUCCCGCUAAUGCCUUCUCUUCCGCUCCGGCCCCCCCCAACCCGGCGCAGUGGCCCUUGAGUCACGUGGUGAUAGGGGGAGGGGGAAGUGGGUGGCCCAUCGGCCGCCAUCUUGCGGGCUUGGAGGCGGGGCUUGCGGAGUGCGGGUUGCGCGCUUCAUUUCCCCUCCCCUCGCCCAGCCUCGCGUCGGCUUCCGCGCUCCUCCCCAUUUCUGGCUCCCGUGGCCGGUCCCUGAGUGGAGGAGCUGGGAUCCCCGGAGGGCGUGGGGGUGUGUCGGACGCGUGCUCGCGCCCUCCAACAGCCAGCCGCGGGGGCGCGCUCGGCCGGGCCCUAGGGGCGGUGCGGGGCCGAGGGGAGGGGGCUGCUCCCGUUGCGGGGGCGGCGCGCGGCGGCCGUGGCGGCAGUUGCGGCGGCGCGCUGGGGCCCCGCGUCCGGGGCGCCCCCGGGUCGGAGCUGCCGCCGGGGCCGCUGCUGCCGGAGCCAUGUACCGCAGCGGUGCCCGCUCCUCAGUCUCUUCGCACCGGCCUAAAGAGAGCAGCGGGGGCGGCCCGCGCACCGGCCGCAGCUCCGGCUCCUCCUCAGGCCCGGCUCGCCGCACCUCACCGCCGUCCUCUGGCUCCUCAUCGUCGCGGACCGCUGCUCGCCGGCCCCGCUCGCCCUCCGGGCACCGCAGCCGCCGGGCCUCGCCGUCCCCGCCGCGGGGUCGCCGUGGCUCCCCGUCCCCGCCCCGCGGCCGCCGGGCCUCGCAGUCCCCCCCGCGGGGUCGUCGCGUCUCUCCGUCCCCCCCGCGGGCCCGUCGCGGUUCCCCGUCACCGCCGCGGGCCCGUCGCGGUUCCCCGUCACCGCCGCGGGGCCGACGACUCUUCCCGCCGGGCCCGGCCGGUUUCCGAGGCAGCAGCCGGGGGCAGUCCUGCGCCGACUUCGCCCGGGACGGCCGCGGAGAACAUCCAGGCGACGGCGGCUGCCGGAGACGGUCUCCUGGUCUGCGUUCUGACUCCUCUUUGGAACAGAGCUUAAGGAUCACUGUUGGCAACGACCACUUCUGUGUUGGCAUACCAGAACGGCGGCGGCUUAGUGACCGACUGGGGUCACCAGUGGAUAAUCUGGAGGAUGUGGACAGGGAUGACAUGACUGAUGAUUCUGUCUUCACUCGAAGCUCCGCAUGCUCUCGAGGUCUAGAACGAUAUCUUUCCCGGGAAGAGGGGCCUCUCAGUCCCUUCUUGGGACAACUUGAUGAGGACUACCGAACAAGAGAAACUUUCCUGCAUCGUGCUGAUUAUAGUCCCCAUAUCAGUUGUCAUGAUGAGCUGUUGCGGGGAACAGAACGGAAUAGAGACAAAUUAAAAAGUUCCUACACUAUAAGACCUGAGGAAAGGAGCCGGGAAGCCAAACGGCCCCGUUAUGAUGACACAGAGAAGAUUCACAGUGUGGGAAGUGACCAUCCAAGUUUUACAUCAGGGACACGCAACUAUCGACAGCGUAGACGGAGCCCGAGCCCUAGGUUUCUUGACCCUGAGUUUCGAGAGCUGGACCUUGCCAGGCGAAAACGAGAGGAAGAGGAGGAACGAAGUAGGAGCUUGAGUCAGGAACUGGUAGGAGUUGAUGGUGGUGGCACUAGUUGCCCCAUUCCUGGAUUGUCCAGUGUCCUAACAGCAUCAGAGCCAGGAUAUUUACAUCGGCCUGAGGAAGUAUCUGUGAUGCCUAAGAAGUCAAUUCUGAAGAAGAGGAUUGAGGUGGACACGGAGCCUUCCAUGCAGCUUGAGAGUUUUUCCAGCAGCACCAGCUCCAGCCACAAUCACCCUGUCUUCUCUGGACAUCCAUCUCUUCCAUUAAGUGGUGCUAUAGCUGCCUUUGCCUCAGAGAUGGAAAACAACAAGGAGACUGUGGUAGAGGCUACCCUGAAGGAACCUCAAGGCAACCUCUACCAAUGGGGUCCCCUCCCUGGGAUGCCCAAAGACAACAGUCCUCUCAGAGAGAAGUUUGGGAGUUUUCUGUACCACAAGGAGAAAUUGAAUAUGAAGGCUGAGGGACCUGAGCGACCCACAGACUUGUUGCUGCCCCAUGAGAGAGCUAGCCAGGAUGGCAGUGGUUUUUCCCGCAUUCUGAGCCUGUUGGCAGAUUCUACCAGCACACAGGAAAAAAGGCGACGUAGUUUCCCUGACAUUGAGGAUGAGGAGAAAUUUCUCUAUGGGGAUGAAGAAGAGGAUUUAAAGGUAGAAUCUCCAGCAAAGCCCCUUGGGGGCUCUGAGAGUGAAGUUAUGAGGCAGAAGGCAAGCUCAUUACCCUCUUCAGCUCCAGCUGUAAAGUUAGAAUCCAUAGAAGAAGCCAAUCCAGAAUAUGCUAAGAUUCACGACUUGCUCAAGACCAUAGGGCUGGAUAUUGGGGUAGUAGAGAUUAGUAAACUGGCUGCACGCACCCAGGAACGACUUCAUGGCAAAAAGCCAACACGUUCUUCCACUGACCGCCGUUCCUCAGUUGACCAGCACUUUUCAGCAGACCGCGGUUCCUCUGUUGACCACCAUUUCUCAGCUGAUCUGCGCUCCUUAGAUCCUCACAGACUGGAGAACAGAGAGGCACACCAUAGCAAUACCCACUCCCCAGAGGUGUCCCAUCCACACCCAGUCUCCCCUGUGGAUCCUUACCUGCUCACAAAAAACAGCCCUCCGUUCCUAAAGUCUGACCAUCCAGUGGGUCAUAUUGCAGGACCAGAGGUAGUUGGCAGUGGGUUUCAGUCAUCUGUUGCAGUCAGAUGCAUGUUGCCUUCAGCCCCAUCUGCCCCAAUUAGACUACCACACCCUGCUUCUUUGUCUCAGUUUCAUAUGCCAAGGGCAUCUCAGUUUGCUGCAGCUCGAAUACCUCCAAACUACCAGGGACCUGCCAUUCCCCCUUCUUCCUUUGAUGCCUACAGGCACUAUAUGGCAUAUGCAGCCUCAAGGUGGCCCAUGUAUCCAGCCUCUCAGCCAUCAAACCAUCCUCUACCAGAACCACAUAGGGUAAUGCCAAUUACCAAACUAGCUACUCGUAGCCGUCCCAAUCUUCGUGUGAUCCCCACUGUGACUCCUGACAAGCCCAAGAAGAAGGAGUCAGUGCUAGGUUCAAUUCCUGCUGCCCAAGUGCCUGUCCAGGUAUCCAUCCCAUCACUCAUAAGAUAUAAUCCAGAGAAGAUCUCUGAUGAGAAGAACCGUGCUUCCCAGAAGCAGAAGGUUAUUGAGGAGAGGAAAAAGCUAAAGAGUGACCGGGAAGCUCGCCAGAAAAAGAUGUACUAUCUCAGGACUGAGUUGGAACGGCUUCAUAAACAACAAGGGGAAAUGCUGCGCAAGAAACGAAGGGAGAAGGAUGGCCACAAAGACCCACUCCUGGUGGAGGUGAGUCGGCUUCAGGAUAACAUUAUGAAGGAUAUCGCAGAACUUCGACAAGAGGCAGAAGAGGCAGAAAAGAAGCAAUCUGAACUGGACAAAGUGGCUCAGAUAUUGGGAAUUAACAUUUUGGAUAAAUCUCAGAAGUCUUCAAAUGAUGGUAAAGAGCCUACAGAGAAGCCUGGGAAAGCAGAAAAAUCUAAGAGCCCAGAAAAAGUGUCGUCCUCAAACUCUAUUUCCAACAGCAAGAAAGGUGGUACCAGUUACUGCCAGCAGUGUAUGCAUGUGAAUUGUCUGCUGUAUCUAUACACAACACCAGCUCUGCUUUCCAGUUUGUCAUACCAGGAUGUGUCUGCGAUAGAAUCAAAGGUAAACUAUGAGAAUUCCCAUACUAAGAGCCCCAAGCCUGCUGAGAGCCUCCAGCCAACUGCUAAGCAGUCUGAUCAGUCCAUUGCUGCCUAUGAGUAUUAUGAUGCUGGCAAUCACUGGUGCAAAGACUGCAACACCAUUUGUGGGACCAUGUUUGACUUCUUCACUCAUAUGCACAAUAAGAAGCACACACAGACAUUGGAUCCCUACAACAGACCUUGGGCUUCAAAGACUCAGAGUGAGGCCAAGCAAGAUGCUGUAAAGCGCACUGACAAGAUAACUGUUCCUGCAAAAGGCUCUGAGUUUCUGAUUCCUAUCACGGGAUAUUAUUGCCAGCUCUGUGAGGAAUUUUUGGGGGAUCCAAUUUCUGGAGAGCAACAUGUGAAGGGUCACCAACACAAUGAGAAAUACAAGAAAUAUGUGAUUGAAAACCCAUUGUAUGAGGAACGGCGGAAUCUGGACCGCCAAGCUGGCUUGGCUGUUGUCUUAGAGACAGAACGGCGGCGGCAGAGUGAGCUGAAGCGCAAACUUAGUGAGAAACCAAAGGAAGAGAAGAAAGAAAAAAAGGCGAAGAUCAUGAAAGAAGUAAAGGAGGAUGACAAGGUCUCUGAGGAAUUAGAGGACCAACUUUCUGAGUGUGGGAACUCCCCAGAAAAGGCGGAAAAUAAAAGGAAAGCUAGCAUCAAACUCCAAUUAAAAGAAGAAUUAAAGAAAGAAUCACCAAUAUCUUCCUCCUUUGGGAAAUUCAGCUGGAAGAAGCCAGAAAAAGAGGAAGAAAAAAGUUCAGUGGCUCCAAGUAUUCCCAGGGAGGAUAUUGUAGAAAGCAAUAAGGACAAAGAGGAUGGUAAAACUGAAACUGCAAAGGCAAAGCCCAUUAAAAUCAAGCUUUCUGGGAAAACGGUUGUUGCACAUACUAGCCCUUGGAUGCCCGUUGUGACAACUUCAACCCAAACGAAGAUCAGACCCAACCUGCCUAUCCCAUCCACAGUACUCCGCAAGUCAGGCUCAGCUACAGUGAGUAAGCCAGCUCCUCUUAACACCUUUCUAUCCAUCAAGUCCUCUGGAACCACAGCUAAGCCUUUGCCAGUGGUUAAAGAGUCUUCAGCUGAUCUCCUCUUGCCUCCUGACAUCAUCUCCAAAGCAUUUGGAGGAGAAGAGGUGAUACUGAAAGGGUCUCCAGAGGAAAAAAUGGUACUGGCUGAAAAGAAUGAGCCAUCCCAUAUACCUGAACAAAUGCUACCACCUCCUCCACCACCCCCUCCACCACCCCCUCCACCACCCCCAGUUAUACCUCAUCCAGCUACCCUAUCUCCUGCUCAAGCAAAUGCUGUCUUAGCUCCAGUGAAAUCAAACCCAUCUGUAUCUCAUACUCUCAGCCCUGGCUUCCUGGGUCCUAACAUUUUGAACCCAGUGUUGCCAGUAGCCAUCAUUGCCUCAGCACAGCCAACUGCCAUUCCUUCUGAUGAGACAGCUCCUGGGGUGAGUGAGAGUGACCGGGACCAGACCCUGUUCUCUGUGUUAGUGCGUCCUCCACCUCCCCUCUCAAGUGUGUUCAGUGAACAAGCCAAAAAAUUGGAAAAGCGAAAUUCAUGCUUAGCUACAGCCAAUGCUAAGGACCUGUAUGACAUAUUCUACAGUAGUGGUGGAAAGGGGGCCCCUGAGACUAAGCUCAGUAGUGGUCCAUUGGCCAAUGGGGAAAACAGCAACCUCUCUAGAGCUGAAAGUUCAGACACCUCUUCCACUUCUACUUUGAACAUCAGUGCAUCCCAAGAGGAGUUGCCUCCAGAUAGAAGUUUGGUCUCUGCUUCUUUAGUCAGCAACCCUGAAAAGCCCAUUGCAAAAACUCUGGUGUCUUUAGGGAAAUGGUCAGUUGUAGAACACAUAGACUCAAGAAGUAGAGGCAGCAGCUAUGGCUUCCUGCAGCCAUUAACAAGGUUGUGCCAUAGCAGGCCUUAUGAAACUAUUACCCCCAAAACAAAUACUUUGGCCAUGUGGACUUCCAGUUCUUUCCAGGGUGAUGCUAAUAGGGAUUUAUCUCCAGAGGGAAAAACUGAGCUUGACCUGACAGAGCCAGGGCCACCAGGUGUGGAACAAGCCCCUCACCUGUCAGAUAUACAUGGUCAUACCAUGGAAUCUCAGAGGUUGGUAGAAACCCACAUAAUGGAGUCUGGUAACCAGGAUAAAGAAAGUCAAAAGCUCCAUCAAUCUAAGGAUUGUGGGAAAAGUGAGGUAAAGACAAACAAUGAACUAAAAGAAAGGAGAGCAAAGGUCUCUGAGAGGAUGGUAGGAGAGGAAACAGGUAUCAACGUGUGCAAUAGCACUGAGGAUUCUAAUUUGAGUCAUGGGAACAGAUAUAUGUGGGAGGGAGAAGUAGAACAGCCCAGGUUGCAGAUGACUGACAAAAAAGCAGAACAGUCCAAGAAAUUAAUGACAAGAAGUGAAACUCAAAAUAGAGUAGUGAUUGAGUUGAGUGCACAGGUUUUCUCUAAUACAAAGGCAAAAAUAGAUUCAUUUCCAUCAGAAGCUAGGUCUUUAAUCCAGAACCCACAGGAUAAACCUGUGAAAAUUUCUGUGCCAGAAUUGCUUCAGUCCCCAGCCAGGUCAGAUGUGUGUUUAACAGAUAGUGCUCAAGAGCAAGGAGUUUCAACUGUUAGUGAAGAUUGGCUGGAAAACUCAGCUCCAGAAUCACUUUCUAGAACUUCUAGAUACAAAAGCCUCAAACUCAAGAGAGAAAGAUCAAAAGACUUUAAAGGUAAAAUGAUUUAUGAACUGGCUGUUUGGGAUGAGAACAAGAAGAAGCCAGAGACCUGGGAGAGCCCAGAGAAGCCAGAAGCAGAAGCCCUGGAACUACGAGGUAUCCAUCCAGAAUUAACAGUGACAAUAGAAACCAAGGCCUUAGAAGACUUUGAAGUUACAGACUUGAAAGUAGAAAAGCUUGCUGCCCUAGGGAACCUGGGGAAUAUGGAUGUUGAUUUCUGCAGUACUCAAGUAGACCCAGCACAUAAAUCCCCAACUGCCCUGUCUCAGAAGGCGUGUGAAGAAAACUCUUUGUCACUUGUAGGAUGUAAUCCCUCCACUCUCACUGACUUUCAACCAGUCCCAUCCUUGUCUGAGUUUCCAUUAGAUUCUCCCAAAAGCCUGGUGCUGAACUUUGGAGCAGAAGGUAGAAAAACAUCAUCUAAUUUCAUAAGUGGGAGGAUCACUCCUAACAUUUUGAAAACCGGACUUCCUGUAGAAAAUGUUGACCUUGGCUUGGGGAGCCUAGAGGGAACCCACCAGGCCCUUGACCUUUUAGCAGGAGGAAUCAUGCCUGAAGUAGAAGAAAUUUCUCAAUUAGAGAAUCAAGAUUCACUCAGAUUGCGGUCAGAAACAGUUAAACCUGCAGGCUUUGAGCCAUCACCUUGCCUUCCAGACCUUGUGGACUUCGUCACACGGACAUCUGGAGUUCAAAAAGAGAAGUUAUGUUUUCCUCUCUCUGAGCCAGGUAGCCCUCCUGAGUGUAGUUCCCUGGAGAUGGGACCACUGCAGCUAGAAAUACCGAAUACAUCCAUCACAGAGGUAGCAAUUUCUCAAGUAGAUGAGGACAGUGACAACCCUUUGAAUUUGGUAAAAUCUCUGGCUUCAGGGUCCCCUACAAGGGAGCAGGUAUUUGGAGGCAAUAUGGUCCCUCAGGAAAUACCUGCACAAGAAGCUGCAGUUGCUGCCAUCCAGGACCACACAGAAUCCGGUGUUCAUGACUAAGAAUACACAUCCAGAUCUACUUGUAGAUGAAUGGAAUUGGCUUCUAGAAAUCAGGUGCCCAGAUGAUCCAGGACUAGUUGGCUAUCUUAUCUGGAAUCUCCACCAAGAGAUACAGUCAGCAUCUUAAAGUAAAUGUUGAUGGAAGCCAAAAAAACCUUACCUUCUUUCCUAUUUUCCUUUCUCUCUAAGAUACCAGACAAAUCCAUCAUAACUUCUAUACAUAACUGUAAAAUAUUUUCUGUUAAUUUUUUUCAAUUUAUUUUCUCCUUCUUUGUCAUUAAAAAUCAAAUGUCUAUCUGGCUCACCACAUAGUGUGCUUUGAUUGUAUUUUGGCUUUGACUGACAUUUCUUUCUGGAAUGUGGGGGAGAAGGGAGACAGCUUACUUCUCCAAUUGCUGUGUUGUAUUACCACCCAAUUUCCUGGGCAGCUGAUGGAUCUCUGGGAGAAGCAACAAAGUCUGCUGAAAUGGAAAACUACUAACGAAGGAAACAGAUUGUUCAUCUCUUAGGCUUCCAUUUCAAUGGGCCUGCCUUAACAUUGUUUGAAAUGAAGCGUGAGUAGCUCUUUUGUUUACUGUUUACUUCCUUGUGGCAUGUCAACCCCUGUACCUCCCUCAUUCUGUUGCCUUUGCUUGAGAUGGUCAUGCUAACCCACAAGCCUGUUUGGAAAUGGCUUCAGUAAACAUGGAAAAAAAUAUAGGAGGCUCACUUUUUCAAGACUACAAAUCAGUCAGGCUUAUUCAUGGCUCGGUCCCAGGAGCAGAUAUGCUUUUUGGAUCACUUAUUUACAAAAUGACUUUUGUUCAUUGUAUUGUGAUCCAGUAACAAUUUCUAUUAAAUUGUUUAGCAGCCUUUUCUGUUCUGAAGAGGUACAUCUGAAAACUUUGUUUUGGGAUUGGACUCAUUCUCUGUUCCACAACCCAUGUGUAUUCCUUCCUCUACCUCUCCCUUUCCCAGAUUAUAUCCACCAUAUAGCGUGAUGUUUGGGGUUGUACAUUUUGUUCAAAAAAUUAAAGAAUUUAUGAGUUGACCUGGACAAGUUUAACUUUAUUUUUUAAUGUGUUUACUUGGAAUAAAUGUAUUAAUCUCAUG